CGACCCGAAGUACAUAAAUACCCGAACGGGUUCUACACCUCUAUACCGAAAUAACCAAAAAUCCGAAAUACCCGAUCCGAACCCGAACGGGUACCCGAAUGCCCACCCCUAGUAGGGUCCAUGUCCCAGUUUGAAAAACGGUGCUUCAGCCUUACCUUUUUAAUAUUUUAUAUUUCCAUUUUUAAAUUUUAGAUUUACAGGAAAACUUCACAUGUUUUCAAUUUAAAAAUGGCUCAGCCCUUAAUAUUAUUAUUACGUUAAUUCAGUUCAAAAGUAAAGAAAGAUAUCAACUUUUUUUUUAAAUAGAUGGUUCGAAAUGGUGACACAAAUCAAAAAGUGCAAAAUUGCAGACAAACAAUAAAACUGAUAUAAACUAAUUUUUAAUAUUAUACUGAAGGACUUUUUUUUUAGCUCUUCCAUCAUCAUAGAUCAUGAAUAGUUAACUGUAAACCAUUUUUAAAAUACCUAAAUAACCUCUGAAGACAUGUUUAAAUCAUCAUAAUCUAUAGUGUUUUGAAUAUUACAAGUUCUUUUUUUUUUGUUCAAAGAAUCUUACAAGUUCAAACUUCAAAAAGGGGAUCUAUAUGAAAUAUAUCUAUUUAGUCUAAACUAAAAUGAUUUAAAAAAUUCGAAGUAAAAUAGACAUUGAACCUCAGAUCUUCAGAUAAGUCACCAUCUUUAACUUUUACUUUGCUUCAAAAAAAACUUUAUUUUUUUCUUUAUAAGAAACUUUAUUUUUUUCGUUAUAUAAAAACUUUGUUUAAAGAGAGUACGUAAACAAAGACACAUCUUCUUUCUACUUUGUCUCGAUCUCUCUCACUUACUCACUCGACCGUUCCUCCAAACAUAAUUCAAAUUCUCAUUUUUCGAAAUCUCUAAGAAUAGGGAAUAUUCCGGCGUCGAAAUCGAGAAACAUCCAACCUCUCCGGUAACAAAUGGGUUGCGUCUCAUCGAACCUCCUAAAUCACGACGAAGAUUUCCCUCAGAUCGGCGGCAGCUCCGCCUUCGGCCACCACAUCGUCAAGCUAACCUCCACUACUUACGGUCUCCUCACUCUCGAUCCUCCUUCUCCUCCUACGACGCCGCCUCAGAAAUUCACCACCGGUACGGACACAAAGUCACUCUUGUCUGAGCCGGAGGUUAUCAACUCAUGGGAGCUUAUGUCUGGUCUCGACGGCGAGAGCUUCCGCUUCACUCCUCUCCCGAAGACUCCUCCGGUGAAGUACAAAGUCUUCGGCGGAGACAACAAAGAGAAUUCGGAUCCUAACCGGAAAAUUCCGACAAAAUCAUUAAGCAAAGAGGUUCUGAAACCGUUAGAUCCGAAACCGUCGGAGAGGUUCGAGAGGAUCUGUCCUCCAGGAGGAGAGAAUCGCGUGGUGAUCUACACGACGUCGUUGCGCGGCGUGCGUCGGACGUUCGAGGAAUGUAACACCGUGAGAGCCGCGGUGGAGGGGUCCGGUGUAGUGAUCUGCGAGAGAGACGUGUCGAUGGAUAGAGGGUUCAGAGAAGAACUCGCGUCUCUGAUGGCGAAGAGGAUCAGUAACGGUAACGACAAGGCUUCUGCAUUGCCGCCUAGGGUGUUUGUGAAGGGGAUGUACAUUGGUGGAGCAGAGGAAGUGUUGAGAUUAGUGGAGGAAGGUGUUUUCGGGGAGAUGGUUCGUGGGCUGCCGAGUAAGAAAGCGGGAGGAUGCCGCGGCGGCGGCGAUGGUGAUGGUGCUUGUGAUGGAUGCGGUGGUUUGUUUUUCUUGCCGUGUUUCAGGUGUAACGGAAGCUGUAAAGUUGUGAAAGGAUGGGGUAGCUCCGCUGUUGUUGUUAGGUGUACGGAGUGUAAUGAGAACGGUCUUGUUCCAUGUCCGAUUUGCAGCUGAGUGAGACUUGAGUGAGAAUACUCUCUUUGAUUUCCUCUGUUUGAAAGCUAUGUGGACGAAACAGAGCAAAUCUUGUUCUCAUAGAGAAAUGAAUGUGUAACAGUUAUGUAUAAUUCAAUACAAGGUCUUUUUUUUUUAUAUUCUAUGGUGUUUUCUUCCGA